AUGCAGUUCACUUUCGCCACCCUCCUCACUCUCGCUGUUGCGGCUGUCGCUAUGCCUUCCUCCAACGGAAGCCCCAAGGGCGUUAGUGUUGAACAGGCCCAGGGACUCUGCCAAGCUGGCACUGUCUCUUGCUGCAACCCUAAGAAGGAUCUCGAGGCACAAGGCAUCCUUGGCAAUCUCCUCGCCGAGGGUCUUUUGAACAACCUGAUCGGCACUGGCGACUCCGCCUGUACCUCCGUCAGCCUGAUUAAGAACCUCAACAUUCUCGGAUUCACCACCGAGGGCAAUGAAGGAACCACAUGCACGAACACCAUCGCUUGCUGCCCCGCCGGCAAGGAAUGCACCGCCAUCCAGGGUUAA